AGCAACUCUCAAGAGGAUUUUGGACCAAUCAAAUGUGCUCAUGGCUUGAAUUGCUUAUAUUGUUCAUAUUCGUGCUCUGCUGGAUUUGUUUUUACAAGCUGCCGUUUCCUGCCAUGACAAGAUUUAGGUGAACAGGUGACGCAUUUUAUGGUUUUGUCCCCAUCUAUCCAAGUCUGGAAAAUGAGAAUGAAGGAAUUAAACACCACAAUUAGCCCUCGGGAUGUGUGCAGGUUUUUUUUUUUUGUCAGGUGGAGGUUGAGUGACAGCCCUUCCUGUCCCUGCUCGCCCAACGAGAUGUCCAUGAACCAACCCCUCGUUAUUUGGGGGCCUUUUUCACCUUCAGGUUCAAGAUGGGCGUCAACGUUCCUGGAUUGACAGCAUUGAUGCUCUUCUACCUGCUGGUGCUCGGAGUCGGCAUCUGGGCUUCUGUCAAGUCCAAAAGGGAGGCGCGCAAAAGUGCAGCCGACAAAAUUGAGAUGGCUCUGCUGGGGAACCGAGGCAUCAAGAAGGCCGUGGGGAUCUUCACGAUGACAGCCACGUGGGUCGGAGGCUGCUUCAUCAUGGGCAUAACUGAGAUGAUCUACACCCCCUCCAUGGGACUUGUAGCGGUGGCGGUCCUCUUGGCGGCUUUUUCUUGUUCGUUUAUUUUCGGUGGCCUCGCCUUGGUGAAGCCCAUGAGACACUGCAAUUAUGUGACCAUGUUGGACCCCUUCCAAAUCAAGUAUGGAAAAGCGUUCGCGGCCCUUCAAGCCCUGGUCGCCCUGCUGAGUGAUGUUUUGUGGUUGACUGCAACGCUCAUCAGCUUAGGCGCCACGAUGAACGUGAUCUUGGACGUACCUUACUCCGCGAGCAUCUGGAUCUCGGCCGCCGUGGUGAUUCUCUACACGCUGCUGGGCGGCUUCUACUCCGUGGCGUACACAGACGUCGUGCAGGUCGUCCUCAUUCUCGUCACCAUGUCUAUCUGUUUACCGUUUGUCCUGAUAAAUCCCACCUCUGUGAGUAUAAGUCAGACGGCCCUGAACUACACUUUCCAGGCGCCGUGGAUCGGUAAACUGGAGAGGAAUUUUGAUUGGACCGCCAUCGAUACUUUCUUAUUCGUGGCACUAGGAGGUGUGGGAUCCCAAGCUUUCCACCAGAGGACCUUGUCCGCUGCCUCCACGUCGGCAGCCAGGACCACGUGCUUUGUUGCAGCCCUCACCAUCUUGAUUUUUGGAAUACCUCCCAUUCUGUUUGGGGCAGUGGCUGCAUCCACAGACUGGAACCUCACCUCUUACGGCUCUCCGUCCCCGCUGGAACGCGGCGAGGCAGCCAUGGUCCUGCCCAUCGUCCUGAGCCACCUCACCCCGACCUUCGUCUCCGUCGUCGGAACCGCGGCCAUUUCCGCCGCCGUCAUGUCGUCGGCCGACUCUGCUUUGCUCUCCAUAGCCUCCCUUUUCACUUGCAACAUUUACAAGACUCUCCUGAGGCCACAGGCCUCGCAGAGAGAAAUCCAAUGGUUGAUCCGUGCCGCGGUGGUCGUGGCAGGCCUGACGGGCGCGUCGCUCGCCAACCUCAAGAACAGCAUCAUCAUGUUGGUGUUCCUCGGGAGUGAGGUGGGCUACACACUGAUCUUCCCCCAGCUCGUCUGCGUCCUCUUUUUUGACGUGUCCAACAUCCACGGGGCUGUCUCGGGCUGGCUCACGGGGUUGCUGUUGAGAAUGCUGAGCGGCGAGCCGUCUCUGGGUGUGGCGCCAGUCAUCCACUUUCCGGGAUGCACUCUGGAGGACGGCACCUACGUCCAGCACUCCCCCGUGAGGACCAUCGCCGUGCUGUCUGCCAUCGCUGCCAACUUGCUGUUCUCCCACAUGGCGUCCGUGCUAUUCAACAAGGGGCUGCUGCCGCAGAAGUGGGACACGUGCAAAGUGAAAGCCCAGAACUCGGCGGCGGGGACGAGACCAGCCGACGACAGCGGGAGAGACAAAGAGGAGGAAACACUGGGUGAAAUGGAAUCCCCCCGAGAUGUGUCUCAGCCGAUGAUUACCACCACAAGGCUGUCUGUGCAGUAAUUCACUAUAAGUACCGCAGUGAUAUUAUUGACAUGCAAGGGGUUCAAGCUACUGUAUUUGGGUUUUUUAUAAACAGGAUUUAAGCUCAUCCUGUAAUGAUGAGGGGGACUGGAAAAAAAUACUAGACCAGCUGUGAUCAUAUUGCUUUAGGAUGAGGAAGCAUAUUUAUUGUUAAGCUUUCAAAACUCAUUUCUUGCAUCUGUGGUGGGCUGAUUUAUUCAUGUAUACAUUUGAUAAGUCUUUAUAUAUUAUGAAAUGAUUAUUAUUGUAUUGACGUUGGCUGCUGCACCCUGAAGCGACAUCUCUCUGUUUCAAUAUGUCUGUUGAGUAUCAGUUAGCUAAAACAGUGAAAUAAAUAUCUAUCUACCUUGUUGUGGUUAUUAAUGUA